AUGUCUCAACAAAUGAACAAUCCUAGCAUUAGGAGAAAGUUAGUUAUUGUUGGUGAUGGUGCUUGCGGUAAAACAUGUUUGUUGAUUGUGUUUGCAAAGGGUAAAUUCCCCCAAGUUUAUGUUCCAACAGUGUUUGAUAAUUACGUAGCGGACGUUGAAGUUGAUGGUCGUAGAGUCGAGUUGGCAUUAUGGGAUACUGCUGGUCAAGAGGACUACGAUAGAUUACGUCCUUUGUCUUACCCGGACUCCAACGUCGUGUUGAUUUGUUACUCGAUCGACUUGCCGGACUCUUUGGAGAACGUGAUGGAGAAGUGGAUUAGCGAGGUGCUUUACUUCUGUCAGGGUGUUCCUAUUAUCUUGGUUGGCUGUAAGGCCGAUUUGCGGAACGAUCCGCAAGUGAUCGAGCAAUUGAGACAGCAAGGGCAACAACCAGUGUCUCAGUCCCAGGCUCAAGAGGUUGCGGACCAAAUUGGAGCUGUGGAGUACAUUGAAUGUUCAGCUAAGACUGGCUUUGGUGUUCGGGAAGUGUUUGAAGCCGCCACACGUGCUUCCUUAAUGGGGAAGCAGGGUAGAUCUAAGGCUAAGAACGAUAAGAAGAAGAGGAAAAGAUGUACUGUCUUGUAA